CGUUCACCGCUGUCACUGUCAUGCCGACUGCUGUUCAACUUUCGAUGAACGACGUUUCUCGAAUAUUACGAUUUGCGAGUUUAAUUCAAUUUUCUAAGAGACUUCUUUAGCGCUAAUGAAAUCCUUGCAAAACCAAUAUAAUAUAAGUGUCAUUGGAAUUGAUUUAAGUGUAUGUUAGGUAACUAAUCUGUCCAAAGUUCGUAACAUUAGGCCGAGUUAGCUGUUCUAUUGAGAACCUUGAUUUUCAAACCUCGUGUGUGCAUAAGUGUUCGAAAUAUGGCUAAAUGGGGAGAAGGAGACCCUCGAUGGAUCGUAGAAGAGCGUCCCGAUGCAACAAAUGUAAACAACUGGCAUUGGACGGAGAAGAACGCUGGGCCGUGGUCACAGGAGCGUCUAAAAGAACUGUUGGAUAAUUUAAAAAUAUCACAAAACGGUAUAGACUGUAAGAUCACGGAGGUAGAGAAGAUAGACGGCGAGGCUACAGCGAAUAAUAGGAAAGGAAAGCUUAUAUUUUUCUAUGAAUGGGACAUUAAGUUGAAGUGGGAAGGUCUAUUGGCUGGAGGCAAAGACAAGGUUAAGGGGGAAGUUAACAUCCCCAAUUUGUCAGAGGAGAAUGACGUUAGCGAGGUCGAUAUGACCGUCACAAUCAAAAGCAGUGGUGACGAGGCGCAGAGGGUGAAAGCCUUUAUGCACAACGUCGGAAAGGGAGUAAUCCGUCAACAGCUCGCUGAGUACAUCAGAAGCUUGAAAGAAGAGUUCACUAAAGGUCUGAUCUUACCAAAGAAAGGCGAAGAUGCUCCAAAACCUGACAACGUUAAGACUAUAACCAGCGGCUUCAACAAGAAGAUAAACAUGGAGCCUAUAGUAGAUAGACAGCAGAAGCAGAUUGGAUGUAAACUUGAUACAAAGAACAUAGAAUUGACAGAGACCUUCCAGUGCAGGGCGCAGGAGUUCUAUGAUGCUAUGACUCGGAUAGAAAUGGUUACUGCUUUCACUCAAGGUCAUGUAAAAAUGGAGGCAGAGAAGGGUGGCAAGUUCUGGCUGUUCGGCGGCAACGUGACGGGCGAGUUCCGCGAGCUGGUGCCCGGCAAGAAGAUCGUGCAGUACUGGCGGUACAAGCAGUGGCCCGACCAGCACUUCUCUGAGGUCACCUUCUCUAUUGAUGAGAAGGAGGACCACACGAUAGUGACACUGAAGCAGGACCUGGUCCCGUCUGCGGAGGUGGACCAGACGAGGGCGAAUUGGAAGCGCUACUACUUCGACAGCAUCAAGAGGGCUUUCGGCUUCGGCGCCUUCCUGUGAUCGUGACAUGCCUUAGAAUAAUUAGGUCCAAUUACGCAAGCUGUAAGAAUAAAAUUGAAAAUUUAUUUCGUCACGCGUUAUUUGAAUCGAGCAUUUGUGAUUGCUAGCAACCAUAAUCAUAUCCUCAAGGACAAGCUAUGGAGAUUAAAUUUAAAAAAAUGCUCUCAUAACAUUUUUUUCAAUGUAU